GUUAAACAUACUCUGUUAUCAAUUGAAAGAGUGGUUGAGUUGAAACAUCAUAAGUGAUAUAAACAGCAUCUUAAUAAUAUUAAGCGUAUUGUGUGCGCAUCUGUGUCUGUGGACUAGUGAUAAAAAGUCUCUCCAUCCUCCUGCCCCCUCACUUCAUUUCAUAUGUAAAGUCUCUUGAGCUUUUUCUCAGACCAGCUGAACACUGAUGACCAGGCACCUGCCCUCAUCUGGACUGUACUGUACGUCUUCUUGAAAACCUCAUCCUGUCCUGGAGAGCAGUGCAAAUGGAUACGUUGCCUAGUUCAUAGUUUUUGAGGAGUAUUUUAUUUGCCGCUAUUUGGAGGGAUUUUAACAUCGUGCAUGAUGACUGAUAUGGGAAUUUGGUACGUUUUAUGGUUUAUGGAAAUUGCCUUCACUUCAGGCGCUCCAAAACCACACCAGCAAGUUCUGGAGGUGACAAAGAGACAAAAUGACUCCGUGCAAAUGGAAAUACAUAACCAAGAAAAUAUAUUAAGUCAGCUGCUGGGGGAUUAUGACAAAGUGAAAGCCCUUUCGGAAGGAUCUGACUGUGGCUGUAAAUGUGUUGUCAGACCACUGAGCGCGAGCGCGUGCAAACGUAUCCAGGAGGGUCAAGCAACGCCUGAGGACUUCUAUACGGUGGAGACCAUCACAUCAGGACCCAACUGCAAAUGUGCAUGCAUCGCCCCUCCAUCAGCUUUAAACCCAUGUGAGGGUGACUUCAGGUUGAAGAAGCUGCAACAGGCUGGAAAAGAUAAUAUUAAGCUGUCCAGUGUACUGGAACUGCUGGAGGGAUCCUUUUAUGGCAUGGACCUUCUGAAACUUCACUCAGUCACAAGCAAGCUUUUAAAUCGAGUGGAGAAUAUAGAAAAAAUGGUCUCCAACAGCCAGACUAACGACAAAUCAAACACAACCAGCACGUCUCUAAAUCCACAGCUUCCCACAUCCUCACCGACAACUUUUCCAGCACAAGUGCAGGAGAAGAAAACAAGUCUAAAGGAGCAGAGUGAUGAAGCAGCUGCAUUUCAGCACCUGGAGAGUAAGUAUGAAGAACGGUUUGUGGGAGAUCUUUUAAAAAGCAGCGGGUCCGACGUACAAAAGGCAGUGGCAGCCUUGCAAGAACAAGAGCGUUAUGGGAGGGAGAAGCAACCGAAAAUUAUUGUUAGGGGAAUGACAUACUACAAAUCUGACCCGGUGGAGGAGGCAGACACAGAGGAGAGCUUAGAUGAAAGUCACAGUGGUGAAAGCUCUAUUGAUCUCUUUGCUGAUGAGCAACUCCUCCACCACAGCACUCGUCAGUUAAGGCCUGUCAUCAGGGCAUGGUCUGUCCCACCGAAGCCCAAGACUGAAGCAAAAGUGGUGGCUACACAAAAUAGCCUUCAAACUCCAUCUGCUGGACUAUCAGACUCCGCCUUCCCCAUAAAAACACCUGACCCUAUAUCCAUUCUGGCUCAAACCACUGUCUCCUCCACCCCAGAAAACACUACAGGAGAUCACAGAAUCACACCGACACCUUUUGUGAUAGAUCAAUUUAAGGUUAUAAACCAUAUGGAUCAGACCACACCUCAGAGCAUCAGCCAAAAAAUGUCCUCAACUCCAUCUUUAAAACAAGCUCAAAACAUUAUGGUCGAGUCAUCCAAUCUGAGCCACACAAUGUCCCUUGAGUCAACCACAGCAUCGGUUACCAAAGUGAUAACUUCAGUCCCGACCUCGACCGAGAAUAUUACAAAGGAGAUAGUAUCCUCUGUGAUCAAAGAUGCACCUGUUACUAAAACAUUCUUAAAAGAAGAUGCAUCCCAAACUGGCAAACCUUUUUUUUCAAUGGAGAGUUUGACUCAAAAAAUGGCUAAAGAUCCAGAUAACACAUUUAAUAGCAUAACACCAUCACCAACCCCUCAGAAACCACCUGCCACAAUGACAGAAUCUCAUUCCAACACAUUCACGGCCACAGAAAGCGCCUUAAGAUCAAGUGCUGACACAAGAGCUACCACCAUGAUGACUCCACAUACAGACCAUUCCCCAAACCCACCCAAGAUUAGACCUACCCAUACAGCCACCUCAGUGGCAUCUUUGAUGACAACUACGUCCGCUUCAACAACUAAAGCAACCACAAUAAGCACAAGCAAACCUGGUAAACGCAAGUUUAGCAUAAGUUGGGAUGAAGAGACAGAGGUACAGCCGACGAUGGAUAAACCAAGCGUGGUUGAGGAGAACUUUGAGGAACCUCCAAGGAAGUCAGGAUUGUGCAAAGACACCUUGGCCACAAUCUCAGAGCCUAUAACACACAAUAAAUUCGGUCGAAAUGAAGGGGCUUGGAUGAAAGACCCGCUGGCUCAAGACGACAAGAUCUACGUCACAAACUAUUAUUACGGCAACAAUCUCCUUGAGUUUCGCAAUAUGGAUGUCUUUAAACAAGGUCGAUACACUAAUUCAUACAAGCUGCCUUAUAACUGGAUCGGCACCGGUCACGUGGUCUACAACGGCGCUUUUUACUACAACCGCGCAUUCUCUCGAGACAUUAUAAAGUAUGACCUGCGGUUGCGUCACGUGGCCGCCUGGACCAUGCUUCACGAUGCAGUCUUUGACAACGACGACGUGUCCGCGUGGAGAUGGAGAGGGAGCUCAGACAUGGAUCUGGCCGUAGAUGAGAGCGGACUUUGGGUGAUCUACCCAGCGCUGGAUGACGAGGGGUUCCUGCAGGAGGUGAUCGUGCUGAGCCGGCUGAACCCUAACGAUCUAAGCAUGAAGCGGGAAACCACCUGGAGGACCGGACUCAGACGCAAUCGCUAUGGCAACUGCUUCAUCGUAUGUGGCGUUCUAUACGCAACGGAGAGCUACAAUCAGCAGGACACAAAUUUAUCCUACGCAUUUGACACGCACACCAACACUCAGAUGGUCCCUCGCUUGCCUUUUAGCAACAACUACACUUACAUCACUCAGAUUGAUUACAACCCCAAAGAGAGGGUGUUGUACGCUUGGGAUAAUGGACAUCAGGUCACUUAUAAUGUUCAGUUUGCCUAUAUGUAUCCACUUUAGUCAAAUAUGUCAGUCCUUGUACUUUGCACCAAAUGAAAUGUCAUCAGGAAAGCCUCAAAUGUGUUCAUGUGGAUUGUUGAUCAGUUCACAAAUUUCUAGCAACUUCAUUUAGUUAUUAUGCCAUUAUAUUUUCAAAAUGCAGAAAUUAUCGUCUUUCUUGAGCAGGGCUGUUUCCCAAAAGCAUCGUAAGAUGUUGAUUGUAGCUCCAUUGGUGACAAUGGUUCUUAGAUCAACUUAAGGUUACUGUGAUUUUGGGAAACGCAGCCCAGAUAUUUACAUUUAUGUAAUAAAAGCAUCAAACUUUUCCGUUGUAGCUAUACGAGCUUUGCAGUCAGGAUUGAUUUCUUUAGAUAUUGGGAAGCUUGCUUUUGGAAAAUGGACCUCUAUGUUUAUAGCUGUACUUCUAGUAAGGCUGGCAAAAUAUUAUUAAAACUUUUGAGGUGCUGGUAUCAAGUAGAAAACAUUGUAUAUAUUGUAAAAUAAAAGCUAAGACAUGGAAUUGAUGAAUGUAAAAAUAAAUACAAUUUGUAUUUUCAUAAGCAUAUCUCAGUUUUUUCUACAAACUAACACUUGCAGUUAAGUUAAAGUGAUAGCAGACAUUGUUUCAGGCACAUCUUCUUUACUUCUUGAUGUCUUUAUGUGUAUUUUAU